CAAUUCAGUACCUUCAUUUGCCACAAGAGAAAUGGGUGGGUUUUGAUUUGAGCUCAGCGUUUAGAUGCGAUAUUGUUUUUAUUUGCGCAGAAGUGUUUAAGGUGACAAUGUGCCCGGUUUCUAUUUUAUCGUUCGUUUACUGUAUUGUGUGAUAUUAUAAACGAAUGAGUAAGAUUUUUUACUGAAGUGAUACGUGAGUGAUUGUGUUCACAAUGCCGGGUCUAAUUGGUAUCGGCGAAUUCAUUGACGAAACUCGAGAUGACUACAGUUCACCAACUACGUCUACGUUUGUUUCGCGUAUGCCACAAUGCCGGCAAACAAUCAACGCUUUGGAAGAGACGUUGGAUUUCGACCGAGAUGGCCUCACGAAACUCAAGAAAGCGAUCAAGGCGAUACACAAUUCUGGAAAUGCUCACGUGGACAACGAGAUGUACCUUGCCCGAGCACUGGAGCGGCUCGGCGGGAACGCUCUCAACAAGGAUUCGGAGCCCGACAUCGCUGCAGCGUUCCUCAAGUUUGCCGUCGUCACCAAAGAACUGUCAGCUCUCAUGAAGACACUGAUGCAGAAUAUAAACAACAUAGUCAUGUUCCCUGUAGACAGCCUCCUCAAAGGUGAUCUUAGAGGAGUGAAAGGCGAUCUCAAAAGGCCUUUUGAUAAAGCGUCCAAAGACUAUGAGUCCAAGUACCUGAAAAUUGAGAAGGAGAAGAAAUCCCAGGCCAAAGAGGCUGGCCUCAUUCGCAGUGAAGUCACGUCAGCUGAGAUAGCAGACGAAAUGGAAAAGGAGAGAAGAUUAUUUCAGUUGCAAAUGUGUGAGUACCUGAUAAAGUUUAAUGAGAUCAAAACGAAGAAAGGGAUUGAGUUGCUGCAGCAUUUGGUGGAAUAUUACCACGCGCAGACGAAUUAUUUCCAAGAUGGACUGAAGACGAUUGAACACUUUGGUGUUUAUGUGGCUGAUUUGAGUGUGCAGCUGCAGAAGAUAAGACAGCAACAGGACGACGAAAGAAGGCGGCUGCUCGAACUGAGGAACAUGUUGAGAGCAGCCGCACCGCAAGACAGGGAGGUGGCAUCGUCAGUAGGCGGGUACUCGCUCCACCAGCUCCAAGGGGACAAGCAGCAUGGUGUCACUCGAAGCGGUUACCUCUUAAAGAAAUCCGAAGGGAAGGUCCGUAGGGUGUGGCAGAAGCGACGGUGUAGGGUCACUGCUGAAGGGUUCCUGGAUAUCUUCCACGCAGACGAGAAUAAACCACCGGCGCGAGUUAACCUGCUCACGUGCCAGAUUAAAGUAGCGACUGAUGAUAAGAGGGCGUUCGAUCUAGUCUCAUAUAACCGUACUUAUCACUUCCAAGCUGACGAUGAAAAUGAACAGCGGGCGUGGACUUCAGUCCUCAUAAACUGUAAAGAAGGGGCUCUGAUGAGGGCGUUUCACCAACAAGCCGGCGAAAGCAACGACUCUGGCCAUUCGCUUUUAGAUCUUCAGCGGUCUAUCAUUAGAGCAGUGAGGGCCAUGCCCGGCAACCAAGUGUGCGCCGAUUGCGGCUCGACCAAUGACCCCACUUGGCUGUCGACAAACUUCGGCAUCAUAGUCUGCAUAGAGUGCUCGGGCAGUCACCGCGAACUGGGCGUUCACAUCUCGCGCAUCCAGUCGCUGACGCUGGACCGCCUCAGCACCUCGCAGCUGCUCGUCGCCCGCCACAUGGGCAACCACAUGUUCAACGAGAUCAUGGAGAAUACCCUCGAUGACAGGGAGAAGCUUACGCCGGAGAGUACAAUGGAGGAACGGCUGCGGUUCAUAAGAGAGAAGUACGUGUACCGCGCGUACGCAGCACAGACGUGCCGCGACGCGGCGGAGCGGCAGUCGGAGGUGGAGCACGCGGUCAACAACGGCCACCUGCAGAACCUGCUGCAGGCCUACGCCGAGGGCGCAGACUUGGCGGCGCCGCUGCCCUGCUCGGAUUGCGGCGAAACAGCGCUCCACCUAGCCAUAUCCCGCGAACUAGGCGACGGCUCCUGCCUCCACAUUGUCGAUUUUCUAGUCCAGAACGGUGGCUCCCAGCUUCUCGACAAGACCACCUCGUCGGGCAUGACUGCCUUACAUCUCUGCGCGGCUACGGACAGGACAGAGCCUAUGAAGUUGCUGUUGAAGGCCGGCGCUGAUUGGUCGUUGAAAGAUGGGAGUGGAAGGACCGCGUUGCUGAUCGCCAAGCAGAUGGGUCACCACGCGUGUCAGGAAUUGUUGGAGAGUGUAGAUAAGAGGGAGAAGAGUAUAUUCGAGAACAUAAAUAUUGACUGGAAUCUGUCUCACGACGAUGGCUCUACGGACUUUUCUGAUGAUGACACCGUUAUUGAUGAAAGGCAAAAUGGCAGCGUGACACCGGAAAAGAAAUGUCCCCGGUCGCGGCCGCCAUCGUAUGCCGGCGGAGCGACCGGCACCAUCACAACCAGUGACCGGAUCCUCGCCGCCAGCGACCGGACGAUUACCAGCGCCACUAAUAGUGGAGGGGAUUCCCCUGUGCUUCGUUCGAGGUCGUCGACCUGUGAUUCUUUACACCAUGCGCCGUCUGCGCAAAUCAGGAAGCCGAAUGUUUAUAACAUCGGCAGCCUGAAGAAGCGAGUGGCGCCGCUGCCGCCCGCCGCAAUGCACACGCUGCCGCAUGCGCCGCAUCCACCGCCACAUCCGCUACACGGUCUGGGCAAGCAGCGGCCGGGGGCGCCGCCGCCGACGCCGCCGCUGCACAACGGCGCCCACCACGAGGAGCCCACGCCGCCGCCCCGGAAGAAGAAAAAUAGAUUGCACCUGGAUAAGGCUGUGAAAACGAAACUGAGAAGGGAAUGCUCUAGUCAGGACUCGUCAUUGGAACUGUGCGAUAUGUCGGACCCCUGUCUGGACGACAGCCGCGUCCACUCAGCGUUGUCGUGCGAAAGUUCGGUGUCGCGCGAACGUUCGCGGCGCAGCGACAGUCGCUCGCUAGAUGUCUCCGAUACGUCCAGCGUGCAUUCGCGAUCGCCAUCAGCUUCUAUCACUAUGAUGGGUGGGUUAAGGAGGUGUCGGGCGCUAUACGAUUGUUCAGCGGACAAUGAAGACGAGCUAUCCUUCCGCGAAGGCGAAGUCAUCGUUGUCAUCAACGAACGCACCGAAGAUGACAACUGGAUGGAAGGACAAGUCGAAGGGACCGUCCGCAGAGGAAUGUUCCCAGUCUCUUUCGUACACAUGCUGCCAGACUAGGACAGCGAUAGUGGCUGUGAGGAAUGUAGGUCAGUAUCGUCCAGUGUUCAUACAAGUCAGCUCAUCUUUGUAAAAGCCAAGCGCCAGCCACCGGCUUAGCUGAAUUAGUAACGAUCUCUUUAAAAUCUAUUUGUGUAAGAUAAUACUGCACGCGGGAUGUAAGAUAAAAGGUAUUACGUGAUAAGUUUCGUAAUAAGAUUCGGAGCUGAGGCGAUUCGUCUGGCCAAAAACGUGGCUUCGUGACAGCAAAAAUUAUAAAAUUGCACAUUUUGCAAAGGUUUCUGCCCGUUCAAUAACAAAUUUUCGUGCGCAAAGAGGGAACGAAUACAUGGCAGAUUGUCUAUUUCUGUCACACGCCAGAUUUGUGAAUGAGACUGCUUAACACAGCGCAUGUCCUGAAUUCCUUGAGCGUUCAUUAUUAUAUUUCUCGUUCAAGCAGUAUCAAUUUACGUUGGCCUAAAAUCUUGUGAGAAUUUUGAGCUUAUUUAUAAAAGACUUCACUUGUUAUGCACAGCUGUUACUCCACCAGUUGCCAGUAUAAUGCCACUGAAAAAUCAGUUGACAUGACAGUCUACACUGGUGUCCAUUUUGAAGCAGCCGAAUUAUAAAAUCUUAUGGGUUUGCAACAAUUUUCAAUGUUAUUCACAAGGUAUCGUUAUCAUGUAUUUACAAUAAUUACUAAAUAGUGUGAUAUAACUACUAACUCACGUUGAAUCUGUUUUAGAAUAAAAAUUUUAAUACUCACACAUUUAAACCAUUCCAAUUUUGGAAGUAAAUUUUACAUUGCAAUUUUUCAAUUAGCUGUAAAUAUUACACUUUUAUUCCUUUUCCAAUUUGAUCGUUAGUGAAGUGAGAAUAGGAAUUUAUAACACCAACAUAAUGUCUACCAACGUAGAUAGUCCGUCCCGUUGCGGGUUUGAUUUCUAUUUUGAUCAAUAUUUUACGCAUUACAAUUUUUUGACAUGUUUAAUCUUUUGGCGUAAGUAAAUGUUCUAUUUUGGAGUUCUCUAAAAUAUUAAUGUAUUAUUAAACUAAUAAGAAGUGGUUUUUAGUAUUUUCGUCUUUAUUUCAAUGAUAUUGCUCAAGACAAAACUUGUUUGAAACGAUUGCUCCAAUUAAAUAUUAUGGAUAUUUUCUCUUAGUUCUUCGCGUAUGCCUUUAAAAGCGUUUGUACAAAUACAGCUCAAUUCAAAAACAUGUAAUUCACAAAAUUUAAUGUAAAUUUUGGAAGUAUGUAGUAUAGUAGGAAUUACGUAAAACGCCAAUUUGAAAAGUGAUUAUACUCGACUUGAAGUUUUUUUUUAUACCUACUUAAUGUAACGUAUUAUUAUUGUAUGAGUUGAUACGUUUGUAAUAUAUUUAAGAUGUAUUUUGCUUCAUAGAUACGUAUUUUUAAUAUUAAUUGUCAUGAUUGAAUAAAUUUCUGUGUUACACAGUGUAAGUAGAAUUAGCCAAAUGUAAGCGAAGUGUUGGGUUUACUCACGCCCUGUAUUUUCAUAGUUUCUUGAGAAAAUUUGCUAAACCAUUGUCUACUUCACUCAUCGUUGGGUCAUGACCUAAUAGUUUUUCAAAGAUAACUAUUACAGUAUUUUGGUCCCGUCUGUAGUACAUACUUUGCUAAUACAACCUUUACUUUGAUGUUGUAUUGUAACGCAGAAGUUUUAUAUUAUUCGUACUUCGUGGCUAAAAAGGUUUUCAAGUGGCAAAAUAAAAGAAUCGAUGGCAAAAAGUUAAUCCAGAUAUAAGUAAAUUGUUCACAAAUAGUUGCUAAGGAAAUAUAUCCCACAAAAUGUUUGUACAGUAAGAGCAAUUUGCCAAAAACCUAUGUGAUCUGUAGUGAAAAAUAUAUCAACAAACUAUCGGACCAGUGACUGUUUGAUUGUUGUAGUUUGUUCUCGUAGAUAUUGACGUGUCUUAGAUUGUUGGUGCAUGCUGUCUAGAGGUUAUGUUCUAUGUGAGAGGCCAUAGGUGGAUUGUAUUCAACGGGUCUGAUAGCCAAAUAAUGAUCGUCUAACUUAAAGUUUCCUAGCAAAAGUGUUGAUCUUUUUAGCUGAUAAACGGCACUCUGUGGAAUCCUGGACUUAAGAAAUUUAAAAAAUAUGUUUAAUAUAUUUAUUAUUGUUCUAAACCAUUAACUAAAUACGGUCCUACUAUUAGGUAUUUAUUUAAAGGAUUUAGAUUAUUUUUCUUAUCAAGUGAGUUGGUUGCUAAUACUGAUGUCAGAUUUUAUUCCAGUCGCGUAAUAGCAUUUGACAUGACUUCUUAUGAAGUUUACCACAGAAUUGUUAAUUCUCACUCAGACAAAUGAACCAAUCACCCUAUGGAAUUUCUCAAAUUCAGAUCUUUGAUACUUGUUGUUAUUACAUGUUAAAGUUUAACAUUCAAUGGAUUAACCAGUCAGUACUUGUAGUUGUAUAGCAUACGUGUUUGUAUAGCAAGAUGUAAAAUAACUAAUGUAUGUAUAUUGUUCUUCAACUUUAGUAACACAUUCCAGACUUCAUAGCCUCAUGUAGUUUUAUUAGCUGGGCCGUUUAAACCUACAAUAAAUUUGUACAAUGCAUAAUGUUUCGUCAUAUAAAUUCGGCUUUGCACACCAAGCGAAAAAGCGCAAAAGUGAUCAAGUAUAAUUUUGAGCAUGAGUAUGCAGCUGCUCCAGAAAAACAUAUUUUCUCGGUAUUUUUUAUAGUUACAAUUCCUCAAUCUUCUUUUGCUAUGCUGCAGUAGUGUCAUAUUUUGGCUGGUACGAGUAUGUAGUUAUUACAAACUGUCCAUCCAAAUUGGCGUGCCGUGAGCUGUACCAAUGAUUCAUAUCCCAUUCCUAGUUUUUAUAAUUAAAUAAAACGUAAUGAAUAUCAUAAAGUUACCUACGUAUUUGAGCGCGUUGCCAUAAUGUUUAGUAGUAGCAGAAUAUUGUGCCGGUGUUUUGUCACACAAUAUUUUUUAUAUUUCAUUAUUCAAUUAAAAAUAGCAAUGUAAUUAAUUUGCAGUGAAUAUGUAUAGAAAAGUGUUGUUCUUUUUUAUUUUACUCAACUUUCAACAAAUCAUGUAAAUAUUGGUUUGAAAAACUGUUUGGUAUUUACGAAUGCAUCAAUAGAUAAUUUGAUUCCCACGUGGUGGAGAAUACGAUCACUUCUCGUUGCGUAAUCAUUUUAUAUUUUGUAAAAUGUGAUUAUUCCAUUGCCAUGCUUGUAUUAUGUUUGUAUUCUUGUAGAAAAACCUGUAAAUAGAUUAGCAUAGUGCAUUUGCAUAGGAUUUCUUAAUUUAUUAUAAUUUGGAUAUAUUAAUUGAGUAUUCUAGCAAGUAUUAAUUCACUUGUUUUAUACUUUGUCGGAGCUAUAUACAUAGAUCAUAUUUAUUUAAUAUAUUGUGAAAAUCUAAUUGUGAUGAAGUAUUUUAAUGCCAUUUUAGCUUAUCAGUAUGUUACUUAUAUAACAGUUAUGUAACCAAAUGAUGCUAAUAGAGUGUAAGAUGUUUUAUUCUAUGAAGUUGUAGUUGAUAUAGUUUUUUCUAAUGUGUAAUGUAUGUGAACGAAAUCUGUAUGAAUUUAUUAAUACAUCACUUCGAUGUCUA